UGAUAAGAAGAAGUUAGUGAUAAGCACUGACUGAUGCAACUUGGAAAAUGGAAAAUGGAAAAUUGAAAUUCGUUUUGGAUUCGGCAAAAGUAUAGUUUAGUAAUUAAAAAUUUAUUUAAUUGGUAAAUUUCACUUCUAAUGUUAUUAAGGUACUAGUUUAUAUUUUAACGAAACCAUGAUCCUUCGAAGUAUUUCCAAACAAGUGAGGCACUUCUCAGUUAUCGCCACUGACACAGACCACAUUAUCUAUAGAAAAUAUCCACCUGUCGUUUUAAUUGGAAUUAAUAAUCCAGAUAAUCGAAAUGCAAUCAACGAGUCGAUCGCUGUUGAUUUAAAAAAUGCCUUAUCAACAUUUGAAAAUGACGAUGAAGCUAAAGUAGGAGUUAUUUUCGGUGAAGGUGGAAAUUUUUGUGCCGGUUAUGAUCUCAAAGAACUUGCCAAUCGAUUGGAAAAUCCACCGAAACAUUUCAUAGAAAAUGAUAUUACUGACCGCUUCAUAAGCAAACCUCUGAUUGCUGCUGUGAAUGGGUUUGCUGUUGGAGUUGGAUUUGAUUUAGCUUUAAUGUGUGAUUUGAGAAUUAUGGAAACCUCCGCUGCAUUCGGAUAUUACGGUCGACGAUUCGGAAUGCCUAUUAACAAAUUUGGAAUGCGGAGAUUAUCCGCCAUGGUAGGAUUUUCAAAAACCAUGGAUUUAAUACUAACCGGACGGGCUGUAAAAAGUGAAGAAGCAUUUAAAAUAGGUUUAGCCAACAGAGUAGUCGAAUGUGGUACAGCCAUUGGGCAAGCACUCAGUGUAGCUCAAGACAUUGCAAAAUUUCCUGAGGCAGCUCUUUUAGAAGAUCGAUUUUCCUUGUAUGAAUGUAAUUUCCCUGAUACGGCUAGUAAAUCCAUCAAAAACCUGGAUGUGUGUUCCUCUAAACAUCGAGAAGAAUUAUUACAGGACAUCAAAAAAGGUGCGAAAAUUUUUGCGGAUGGAGCUGGAAGAAAAGGUUCCUUAUUUUCCAAGUUUUUGUGGGACAAAGUUUGAAACAUUUCCAGUAUUUCCACACCUUGUUUGAGUUUGACUGAUUAAUGUAUACUUUUUACUGUUUUUUAAAUCAUUGCCAGUUACUUUACGUUAUUCAAUUAAAUAAUAUAAAUCAA